CUUCAUAUAAUCUAAAUAAUAAUAUCAUUACUGAACCAAUAAAUAGUAAUACUGCUACUAGCAAUAAAGCUGCCUCUUCUUCAUCUUCCUCAAGUAUAUAUUCUUCUACCACAACUGUUCCUACUUCACAACAAAAUGUGCUACUAUCGAAAUCUCCAUUUUCAGAUCCUGCAAUUAUUUCGUAUUCUUCUCAGGCACCAAACAUAGUCUCACCAAAUAAUCCAUUGAUUCAACAAGAAAAUACUUUUUAUAUUGAAUCCCAAACCCUAAAGAAAUCUUCAACUACUACUCAGACAACAGGUUCCAUUGCAGACACCGAUUCAAAAGGUGACGAGGAGGAGGAAAUACAUGAGGAAGAAAAUAAUUACGGACAUAAUUCAUCAUCAUCAAGAAAUAAUAAACCAAAUGGAUUUCAUAGAGGCGAUUCGAGCGCACUCGAAUCAGAUAAUGGAAUGUACAAUCACAAAAGACCUUCAAGGAGGCGAAGGAAUGGAAAUAGUAAUUAUUAUUAUAAUUAUUCUGAAAAUCAUUCAACAAGAAGACCUAGAAAAGGACGUAAUCAAACACAUGAAUGGGCAGGCGGUGAUGUAAAUGAAUUUAAAUCGGAGGAAUUUGACUUUCAGGGCAACUUGGAUUUAUUUGAUAAAGAAAAGGUUUUUGCAGAAAUUAGAGUCUCCACAAAAGAAAUCUUUUUCAGAAUAUCAUGGUAUUUGUUCCGAUAUGAGUUUGUUGGUAAUUAUAGCAAUCAUAAUGGUGAAAGUCCAAUUGAAUGUAAACAAUUAAGAUGCACUUUAGAAUAUGAAGGAAACGAAAUUUGCAUUUUUAUUAAAUCAAAUGAGAUUGUUGGUGAAUUCAUGCGUAAUUUAGAGAUUUAUAAGGAAUAA